AUGCGGCACACGUCAUGGACGCCUCAAUACUCGUUACGGGCUGACCACCUAACCCCUUUGUCAACCCCUUCCCCGGCUCUGCCGUCCCCUAUUCUGUACCUCGUGCCUCUCCCACACCCUUGGCCACCUUUCUUCGCUGCUGUCUUCUUUGCUGUCUUGCUUCUCGCCCCACAGGAGGACAAGUUCCCCCUGGCGGUGUUCAGCAGCGGGUUCCUGCUGGACUCUGCUCACAGCGGGUUCCUGCUGGACUCGGCUCAGUACCGCAGCUACGCCCACCACCUCGCCAGCUGGGGCUUCGCUGCAGUCACCUACAAUAAGGUGGAGGGGCUGAUGGGCCCUCUGGACGACAUCAUCUGUGCGCGGUUCAUCACAGAACUCAUCAACUGGGCUGGCACCAGUCACUUGCUUCGCAGAAUAGCAGACAACACCCGCGUCUACCUCUGCGGUCAUUCUAGAGGAGCCAAGGUGAGCGUGCUGGCAGCGGCCAUGGACCCUCGAGUGCUCUCCCUAGGCCUCGUCGACCCUGUCGAUAACACAAUCUAUGCCCCUCUGGCCCCCGGGUACCCCUCAGCAGUGGCAGCUAUGAGGGCGGGCAACAGUGCCAUCGAGCACCUCCUUGCCGAUGCCAACCCUGCCAACCAAGGACUCGCCGUCUCCCUCCCCACCCUUGUCGUUGGCGGCGGCUACCCCGGCGACUGCGCCCCUGCUGCCUCCAACUACCGCUGGUUCUUUAAAGAAGCUGGCAACCCUAGCUGGGAGGUUGUGCUGCGAGACGCGGGGCAUUUCCAGUUUUUAGACUCGCCGCCGGUGCUGCAGGCGGCUGUGUGUGGGCUGGGCCCAGCCAGGGAUGAGGAUGUGAGGCGGGCCACGAGGGCGUGUAUUGCCGCGUGGGGCCAUGCGACUGUGCCCAGGCAGAGGGGGAAGACGGUGGGUGGGGGUGGGAGAGGGGCGGUGCCGCAGCAGGGAGGGGGAGAUGGGGGAGUGGGAGGGGAGGAAGAGGGUUGCAUCAGCAUUGGCGGGAGGUGCGGUGGCAGUGGCAGCGGUGGGACGAGCGGGACCAGUGACGAUAUGGACGCCGCUGCAGCUGAUAGCUGGAGAGCGGGUGCAGGAAGGGAGAAGGGGCCGGCGCAGGCGCCUGCUCAGGCUCCUGCUCCCGCUUUGACCCCGUUGACUCCGUUGACUGCGGGGGAGAACCUGGAGGCCCCUGUGUCGGAUAGGAAGGAUGAGCUGGAGGCCAUGAUGGUUUCAGUUGCUGCUGAGCUAGCAGCGGUUGGAGGGACCAAGUUCAAUUCAAGGCUGAAACUAUGA